GUGCUACGAUUACUUGCCCCAGCGCUAUAUGUACUUGCAUCAUAUAGCCUCAAUUGGUGCAUAUACUAGGUACAUCCCUCGAUACACGCUGUAGUGAUGCUAUACUACUAUCAGUGCCUUAUCGGGGCUAUCGCGGACAUGCUGCGUUCUCCUACCCAACCCUCAACCAACUCUAGCUGCAUCUUUUCAGCCUGCGAACUUGUUGUUCCUGCCUGGAGCCUCGCCACCUCAUGAAGUGGUCGCAAUCAUGACAACACCACUUGUUCUGUCGAAGCGGCUGCCUAGGCCGUCCGCAUGGCCUGCUCUGACGGUGCAAACCCAUAUGUUGCAGUCAUCUGGCCGCUUUCGUCAGGUGUGUAUUCGACGCUUCCACACAGGCGUUGGCGCAGAUUCCGCCACACAACCGAUGCGAACCCCCUCCCGAUUUCGUAGAGCCAUCGCAUUCAGCGCAUUUGGGCUGCUCUUCGCAGGUCUGGGAUUUACUGCAGCUACGAGCCCUCUCGUGCCUGGUCUCCUCGACGUAACACGGCAUCGUUCUGACGAGGAUAGCUUGCGCGCCUAUGUCCCCGAGGAUGACGAAGCAAAGGCAAUCGACGACUUCAUCAAGGGCCAUCCCCUUGCGGCGGAGAUGCGACAGAACCCUGACAUGACCGAGUCUCGUCCCCACAUGAGGCUUCCUGAUACUCUACGACGUCACAAUCUUACAGGUGGCACGCUCCUGGGCCCCGGACGCAUUUCAGUCCCUCCCAUCUGCUGGACCGAGAAGGGUGGCAAGUCGCUCGUCUCCAUCUCUCACCUUGGGACCGACGUCUGCGGCCAUCCUGGCAUUGUUCAUGGUGGACUGCUUGCUACCAUGCUCGAUGAAGGCCUGGCACGGUGCUGCUUUGCUGCGCUUCCACACAAUGUCGGUGUUACAGCUAAGCUUGAGAUCAACUACAGGAAACCGGUACACGCAGGCACGUAUGUCGUGUUGCGGGCGCGGACAAUCAGAGUCGAAGGACGCAAGGCUUGGGUUGAGGGCCAGCUGGAAACGUUGGCAACAGAGGGAGAGGAGCCUGUGGUUCUGGCACAGGCUUCUGCGCUGUUUGUUUCUCCCAGGUUUGCAGCGAUUAUGGCGAAGCUCAAUGCAACUUCUUGAGAGUGAUGUUCCGAUAAUGACGUUUGCGAGUCGAGCAGUC